CCCCGGAGCGUUGUCUAUGUCGCACGUCGAUGUAACGUGUAUGGACGACAUUGCAGACGUCUGUGAAGAACAAUCAUGUACAGAAGAUUGCUUCUUUCGCUCUAUCAGACCCGCAACCGUGCAAUAUACAGGCGUGAGGCAUGUGUAUUGACAACAAAAUGUGACACAGUGACACUCCCUUUUAGGGUUGCGAAUGGAGUGGCGUUUAGGACACUUGGAACAACGUCAACCACAUACUGCGAAAAAAAAGAAGGGUCGCUUCAUCCUAAAAAAGAUAUCGAUAACAAUGCUAAGAAAGAUGGUGAAUCGGAAGCAGCGAAUGUGGGAGAAAAGAAGGUUGAACCCCCCGAAGAGGACAGGAUGACGGUAGAGUCUGUGGGGCAAAUGGGUGAAAUUAAGACGGAGGCAGAACAUGUAAAUCAGUUGAGGAAUGAAACUAAAAAUGUAAUCUUAGAAGGGGCAAUUAAACACGAAGAAAAUAAGAACAUAGAUGCUAAAAAGCUGACGGUAGAAGUUCAGAUGGAGGCAGAGACUGUCACCCAGUUGAGGGAUGGAAUCAAAAGUGAAAUCUUACAAGAGGCAACUAAACACGAAGAAAUGAAGCAUACAGACUCCGAAGAGCAGAGUGCAAAGUUUAAAAUGGAGACUGAAAAUGUCACCGAGGUUAGGAAUGAAAUUGAAAGCGUUAAUUUCCAAGAGGUAACUGAGAAGAUAGAAAUGGUAGAGGUUAAGAUGGAUGCAGAAAAUGUUAUUCAGUUUGCAGAUGAAAUUAAAAGCGGAAUCUCACAAGAGGUAACUGGGAAGAUAGAAGUGGAAGAGGUUAAGAUGGAUGCAGAAAAUGUCAUUCAGUUGGUAGAUGAAAUUAAAAGCGUUAACUUCGAAGAGGUAACUGGGAAGAUAGAAGUGGAAGAGGUUAAGAUGGAUGCAGAAAAUGUCAUUCAGUUGGCAGAUGAAAUUAAAAGCGUUAACUUCCAGGAGGUAACUGAGAAGAUAGAAGUGGUAGAGGUUAAGAUGGAUGCAGAAAAUGUCAUUCAGUUGGCAGAUGAAAUCAAAAGCGUUAACUUCCAAGAGGUAACUGAGAAGAUAGAAGUGGUAGAGGUUAAGAUGGAUGCAGAAAAUGUAAUUCAGUUUGCAGAUGAAAUGAAAAGCGGAAUCUCACAAGAGGCAACUGAACACAAAGAAGGUAUGGAAACAGCUGAAGAGCCAGCACCAGUAGUAAACAUGGAGGUUAGCAAGACAGAAGAGCAUACAGCUCAGACAGUGAAGGAGGGAUUAAAACACCAAACCGAGGAACCAGUGAAGAACGUGAAGGAAAGCCUGCUGGACCUCCUGGGAGCUAUGAAGGUUGAGAUAACCACCAAGAAGAGCAUCAAAGCCUUGAAAGUGCAGAGCAGGUCGAAUUCUGUGGCCAGGCCCAAACCUGCAGAAAUGGAGAGCACAAUCAGCAUGUUUCAGGAAGCCAGCUCUCCCGCUCCACCCCAAAGUGAGAGUACGGAGAUGAUGGCUGCUGUGUCAGCCGCGGCGUCCACUCUGCCGAACCCCCCUCAGGCAGAGUCUGAGCUGCUGAGGCAGCUGAAGCAACAAGAGGCCCUUGCAGACGCCCAGAAGACCGGCGAUGUCACCAACAUUGGGAAUAUUAUUGCUGACAUGAAAGUGGGGAAGCGACCGAGCCCCAGACAGAAUGCCUGGUCGACCAAUCAGAUCCGCUUUGACGAAGAUGAGAAGUCCACCCUUGACAGGGGCAUCAUGGCCGAGAUGGAAGGAGCGAGGGGAAGGAGGAGCCUGUUUUCCAGGAAGAGGAUGAACAUCUUUAACCCCACUACCGAGAAGCCUGCCGAGGCAGACACACACUCUGCUUCACCAACCCUAUGGGACAUCGAGUUAGCAAACGAAGUUGCCCUGUCAGCCAAUCUGAAGUCCCGAAAUGGACUUGAGGAGAUGAUUAAGUGGACCAGGGAAGGCAGGCUGUGGCAGUAUCCAAUCAACAACGAGGCUGGGCUGGAGGAGGAGGCUGGCGUUCCCUUCCAUGAGCACGUGUUCCUGGAGAGGCAUCUGGAGGAGGGCUUCCCCCGCCAGGGCCCCGUUCGCCACUUCAUGGAGCUGGUGUUGGUGGGCCUGUCCCACAACCCUCACCUGACCGUGAGCCAGAAGGAGCAGCACAUAACCUGGUUCAGGGACUACUUUCAGCAGAAGGAAGAGGUACUGAAAGAAGCAGAGGUUUACCUCAACUGACCUGGACAGAGGUCAUCCAGGGUCGAGUGAAUGAUCACCAGGAGAGGACGUGCCUACCGUUGAACCGGCCCUGCUGUGGAGCGGUGAUGGGUUGAACCGUUCACCUGAAAGGCUGUUGAGAGGCUUAACAGAAAGCCUGGACUCCAAAAUCAUUAACAUAAUAUUAUAUUAACUGGUUUAUAAAUGUUAAUAUAUUAUUCAAAACAUGUUGUCUGUUUCUUCGUGUCUGAAACUUGUCUGAGAAUGUGUCUUUCUUUUAAUACAGAUUUGUUAUCGAAGUAGCCAUGAUACUGUUUGAAAAAUAAACAAUGUACAUUCAAAA